AUGUCCAAAACGUUCUCCCAGGCCGACGUCGCCUCGCAUAACAAGCCCGACAACCUUUGGGUUGUCAUUGACGAGGACGUCUAUGAUCUGACCAAGUUCCAAGAUGAACAUCCCGGUGGAAAGAAGAUCCUCACGCGCGUGGCCGGAAAGGACGCCUCGAAGCAGUUCUGGAAAUAUCACAAUGAGGGCAUUCUGAAGAAGUACAAGGGACAGCUCCAGAUCGGUUCUUUGGAUUCCAAGAAAGCUGCUGCGCCGGCACCUGCACCGGCUAAGAAGGAGCCCUCCAAGCCUGUGGCUCCCGUCGUGGAUGUGGCCUCGGCCAAGUCCGAUGAACCCCAGGACCCCUUCGGUGAAUUGAUUCCGUUCUCUGACCCCUCCUGGUACCAGGGUUACCACUCUCCUUACUUCAACAAGACUCAUGCUGCUCUCCGUGAAGAGGUCCGGCAAUGGGUAGAGACUGAAAUCGAGCCUUACGUAACGGAAUGGGAUGAGGGCAAGAAGGUCCCGGAUCACAUCUACAAACAGAUGGGCGAGCGUGGGUAUCUGGCUGGUUUGUUGGGUGUGAAGUACCCUGUCAACCAUACCCCCUAUCGUGUGCAAUCUGUUGCCCCUGAGAACUGGGAUCUGUUCCAUGAGAUGCUUCUCACAGAUGAGCUCUCCCGUGUCGGCAGCGGAGGUCUUGUCUGGAACCUGAUCGGUGGUUACGGUAUUGGAUGCCCGCCUCUGGUCAAGUUCGGUAAGAAACCUCUUGUCGAUCGCAUCCUUCCUGGUAUUCUCGCGGGUGAGAAGCGCAUCUGUCUGGCUAUCACCGAACCCGAUGCAGGAAGCGAUGUCGCCAACCUCACUUGUGAGGCCAAGCUGUCGCCGGAUGGCAAGCACUAUAUUGUCAACGGCGAGAAGAAGUGGAUUACCAACGGUGUCUGGUCCGACUAUUUCACCACCGCGGUCCGCACCGGUGGCGACGGCAUGAAUGGCAUUAGCGUGCUUCUCAUUGAGCGCGAGGCUGGUGGUGUCAGCACCCGACGCAUGGAUUGCCAGGGCGUCUGGAGCAGUGGGACCACCUACAUCACUUUCGAAGAUGUUAAGGUGCCCGUGGAGAACCUUAUUGGCAAGGAAAACCAGGGAUUCAAGGUCAUCAUGACCAACUUCAACCAUGAACGUAUCGGUAUCGUCAUCCAGUGUGUCCGGUUCGCCCGUGUCUGCUACGAGGAGUCCAUGAAGUAUGCCCACAAGCGCAAGACCUUUGGCAAGCGCCUCAUCGACCACCCUGUUAUUCGGAUGAAGCUGGCUCAGAUGGCCCGCCAGAUCGAAGCUACCUACAAUUGGCUGGAGAACAUCAUCUUCCAGUGCCAGUCUAUGGAAGAGACGGAGGCCAUGCUCAAGCUGGGUGGAGCAAUUGCUGGUCUCAAGGCCCAGUCCACACAGACCUUCGAAUUCUGCGCCCGCGAGGCCAGUCAGAUUUUCGGUGGUCUGAGCUACAGCCGUGGUGGUCAGGGUGGCAAGAUCGAGAGACUGUAUCGCGAUGUCCGAGCCUACGCUAUCCCCGGUGGAAGCGAGGAGAUUAUGUUGGAUCUGAGUAUGCGUCAGAGUUUGCGUGUGCACAAGAUGUUCGGUAUGAAGCUGUAA